CUCGAAAUUAAUUGAAGAGCUCAAUGCACCAUCAUGUCGAAGCGAAAGUCCGAAGAGCCACUAGAAAGCGUCUUGACUGAGGCGUCCCCCGCGAGUAAACGGGUGCGCAUCGAGGACAUUCCAGAGGAAGCCCAGCCCGUCGCAAAUGGUAGUACCUCAGAAGGCCAGAACGGCGACACAGCCGCCUUGAAUGGCAAUACAGCGUCUAGCACAGAGUCGGUCAACCAACGCGACGACGAGGAUGAGACAGACGGCGAAGAUGAAGAUAACGAGGUGGCUGUCGCGCCCUUACGACAAAAUGCUCCAACUGAAGGGUAUAGCGAUCUUUAUCUAGACACCAUCAAUCGGUCGUUGCUUGAUUUCGACUUUGAAAAGUUGUGCUCCAUCACCCUUUCAAACAUCAAUGUCUAUGCCUGCUUGGUCUGUGGAAAAUAUUUCCAAGGCCGCGGGCCCAAAUCGCACGCAUAUUUCCACGCUCUCGAGGUCGACCACCAUGUGUUCAUCAAUAUGGAGACGAAGAAGGUCUAUGUCUUGCCUGAAGGUUACGAAGUGCAUAACAAAAGCUUGGACGAUAUAAAAUACGUGGUGGAUCCGAAAUUUACAGAGGAAGAGGUCAAGAAACUGGACAAGGAGCCCAGGGUAUCCUUAGACCUGGCAAACAGAAAAUACAGGCCCGGCUUUAUCGGCAUGAACAACAUCAAGGCCAACGACUAUCUGAAUGUUGUGGUACAGACGUUGGCGCAUGUGGCGCCGUUGAGAAACUUCUUCCUGCUACAUGCGUUUCCUCACACGGCACCCCAGUUACCUGUCCGAUUCAGCACGCUUGUGAGGAAGCUCUGGAACCCCAAGGCCUUCAAAUCUCAUGUGUCGCCGCAUGAGCUGCUGCAAGAGAUUGCAUUACGUUCGUCGAAGCGAUUCACGUUGACCCAGCAGUCGGACCCGGUGGAGUUCUUGUCCUGGUUCCUCAACAACCUACACUUGAGUCUGGGAGGGUCCAAGACAAAGCCGUUCUCAUCCAUUAUCCAGAAAGCCUUCCAAGGAAAGCUGCGGGUAGAAUCGCAAGAAAUCACAGCCAAGUCAGACAUAACUGGCGACCGUCUCAGGUUUGAAGAGUCUUCAACUAUCAACACCAACAUCACCCCUUACCUCAUCCUCACACUCGAUCUCCCACCGGUUCCUCUGUUCCGAGAUGCAGUGGAAUCCAAGAACAUCAUUCCCCAGGUUCCUCUCACUUCUCUAUUGCAAAAAUAUAACGGCCUGAAUGCCCUGGAGAGGCAAUCGCACCGAGUCCGCCAUCGGCUGUUGCAUCCCCUUCCUCCAUAUUUGUUGUUUCACAUCAAACGAUUCAGCGUCAACAAAUUUGUGUCUGAGAGAAACCCCACCAUUGUAACGUUCCCCUCGCCUAGAGGCUUGGACAUGUCACCUUAUGUUGAACCGAAUCCGGCCGUCCACCCGCCGGGAGAGCCCAUUUACUAUGAGAUGGUAGCCAACAUCAUCCUCGACACUACAUCUGUGUCUGUGGGGGGCGGGGAGGAUUCGAACGCAGCGGAUGCGGCCAAUAAGGCCGUCGGGGCCGAGGGUCAGAAGGUAGCUUGGAAGGUCCAGCUUCGAGAUAAGGCAGUUGCCCAUGCGCAGCGGACAGAUCUGCCGGAGUGGUUGGAAAUACAAGAUCUCUUCGUGGAUCGUGCAGAGGCCGAAACACUCUUUACUAGGGAGAGCUAUCUCAUGGUGUGGGAGCGCAAGAAGGGAAAGCCAAACACGGCCUCAGGUCAGGCUGACAAGGGUAAAGGCAAAGCGUAAUUAGAUGUGUAACACCACAAUGUGCAUUGUUUAUUGCACUAAUGAGAUACUCUACGGGUGGUGCUCGA